GGCUCCCCCCGCGCCAAGAUGGCUGACAGGAGCUUCCGGCGGGGAGGCGCGCGGUGCCGCCGCGGGGGGUGCGAAGCGUGACGGUCGGGCCCGGCCGAGGGCUCUGCGGAGCAGCGUGCGGCCGUGGAUGAGAGCCCAGUUGGGAGCCAGGAGGUCCCCGAGCCCGGCUGGGAGCCAUGGCCGCGGUGGUGGCCAAGCGCGAGGGGCCGCAGUUCAUCAGCGAGGCGGCCGUGCGCGGGAACGCGGCCAUCCUGGACUACUGCCGGACGUCGGUGUCGGCCCUGUCGGGAGCCACGGCGGGGAUCCUCGGGCUGACGGGCCUGCACGGCUUCAUCUUCUACUUCCUGGCAUCCGUCCUCCUCUCCGUGCUCCUGGUGCUGAAAGCCGGGCGGCGAUGGAAUAAGUACUUUAAAUCCCGAAGGCCGCUUUUCACGGGGGGGCUCAUAGGAGGGCUCUUCACCUACGUCCUGUUCUGGACUUUCCUGUACGGCAUGGUUCACGUCUACUGAAACAACGGCUGUGGUAGCCAUGGUGGUUUUUAAUGAAGCAGGAGGACUGUUGCCAAACAUCACCCACACAACUAGGCCAGCUUAUCUUUUAAACUUGUUCGUUGCUUGUAUCCUUCAUACUGUCAGUAAAUUAUGUCAGAGUACAAAUGAAUCGGUAGUAUUGUUCUAAUUAAACUGAAUGUGAAACCACUCAGAUGCCUCCCAUGAAUGUUUGUUUGAUGGCAGAGGAAUGACUUAUUGUCCUUAACUGCAGUCACAGCUGCAGGUUUUGACUACCUUAGUUCUUUGCAUCCUGUGCACUGUGGGUAAGAAAUACCAAUUACUGCCUGUUGCUGCCUGCCCCUACAUGCAAACAGAGCACUAUAAAAAUAAGCCACUGACACGAGGAAGUAUUUCACAGUAGCAUGUAAUUAAAUGUACGCAAAAGUUUGGUACAGAAAUGUAUUUGAAAUGCUAGUGCAAAUGUUAACUUACACAGUUGCUGUAUGUUCACACUAUAAAUAAAUGACAUUGUCACAGAUACUCCUCACUGCAUGUACAAAAGUCAAUAAGUAAUGUUCUCCCAAGUCAAUGACUCUGUUUUAAUACCACUGUGUCCAAUGAAAUAGAGGCACCCAAAUACACUCAAUGUCUAAUUACCUGCAAUUCAGUCUGUACUGAACUCACUUGUUACAGCCAUUGGCAUUUUCUGCAGCUGUUAUGGUUGUUGUGGUACUCUGACAGAAUCUGAAAGGAACUUCUGAUCACCCUUUAAAGCAGUUAAGUCACUUUGCUCUGGAGCUGCUUGCGCAAAUGCUGUUUAGUGCCUUUCAUCUGAAAGCAGCAAGCAAACUCUUGUACAGUGACAGGGUUUUGUCACAUAUUCUACACCCCCACCUUGUGCCAUCUGGCUGUCUGGUCUUUGUGUCGGUCAUCACUUCACCAGAACACUAUAAAAUAUUACCUGUUUGUUAUACAAAGAUUUUACAAUAUUAGGUUCUGUAUUCAAAAAUAUUUUACAGAAAAACUGAGUUCUGGCAAAACACAGAGUUGUACAAAAGAGGGGUUUGUCAGCAUUGCCUAAGUCGUGUUUCUUUUUGGGGAAGAAAAAACAGUCAAGGCUUUAACUGCCUCACUAGUAUGCUUUUCAUGCCAUCUGCUGCUUUUUGCACAUUAAUUAGUAUGUUUAGACACCUGUACUAUUGAAAUACAUUCUAAACUCUUAAUUGAAUUGUUUUGUAUAAGUGUGUAUCACAAAGGAAGCUGGCACAUGCAACCUAAACAAUGUGUUUUACAGCAGUCUUAACAGAGCACUGCCCCAAAGUGACAAACCUUAUUGCUGUAAUUCAAAUACAAAAAAAAACCAAACAAGAUC